AUGUGGGGUUUCGCGCUCGAACCGACGAAGCGUAUCGGAGGGGUGUCGCCACCUCGCCGUCCGAUCAGGCAUCGACCCGGAACCUCCAGAAAAGCCGGCGGAAUUCUUGGCUGGAUUCCCGGCGGAGCUGGCAACAGCUGGCGAACGAUCUGCUCGCCGGUGAUCGCUCUCGUGGUGAUCUGGCUGCUGGGAAUGAUCAUCUGGAACAGCGGAGUUAUCAGCCUUAAGAAGCAAACAACCGCUCCAACCGACUCAACUACCGGUCUGGACUCCUCAUCUGAAUACGGCGGCGAUGCUACUUCCAUGGGUGAUGGUACCACCGAUGACAGCUCAGAUCUCACCCCCUCUUUUACCAAUAAGAUGUCGUCUGGUGGAGGGGGAUUCGGGGGAGGCUUGGGAACAGGCUCGAGAACCGGCUUGGGAGCAGGAUUCGGGGCCGGUUCGGGAGCAGGUUCGGGAGCAGGUUCGGGAGCAGGUUCGGGAGCAGGAUUCGGGGCAGCGGAUGAGGGUCUGGAUUCCGAGGACGGGGACGGGGAGACAGGCGGCCUAGCGUCGGGAUUCCCAAGGUCCUCUGGCACCACUGGCGCUGGUCGGAUGGGGGGGGGUCUGAACUCAGGGGAUUCUUCCAGAACUUCCCCCUGGAGUUCCGCUGGUGGGGGCAACAGGGGCGGGCUGGGGGCAGGUGGAGGGGAGGAUGAGGAUGAGGAUGGAAUGAUGGGAACUGGUGGGAGUGGUGGGUCGAGGGAUGGGUUUCCCACCAGCAGUAGUAGCAGUAGCAGCAGAGACGGUAUGUGGGGUGGUGGCAGCAGCGGUGGUGCUGCAGGGGGAGGUAGGUUCGGGGGAGGUGGUGGUGCUGGGGCAGGCGGAAGCAGGUGGGGAGGGGGAGGCGCGGCCAAAACGUGGGGAGGGAGAGGCGGGGCGGCGGGUAUGUCAGGGGAGGAUGCGGAUGAGGAUGGAGAGAGCCGAGGUGGUGGGGGAGGUGGACUUGGGGUAUCCAACAGUCGUGUGCCUAAAACGGGUUCAAGAUCGUGGGGAAUGGACGGUGAGGAUGAUAUGGAGGCUGGUGGUGGUGGGAAUACGGGCGGGUUGGGAUCCCGGGGUGGGGCAGGUGGGUUUGGUAGAGGGGGAAGGGGUGGGGGGAGGGUGAGAGGAGGUGAGGAGGAGGAGGAGGAAGGGGAGGAGGAACAGGAGGAGGAAGCGGGAGGGGAGGAGGAGGAGGAGGAGGAAGAGGAGGAAGAGAGCGAGGAGGGAGAGGAGGGGGAUGAGGAUGAGGAGGGGGAAAGCGACCGGGGACGGGGUAGGGGUAGGACUAAGAGGAAGAAGAAGGGAGGGCGGCGGGGGAAAGGUGCUGCGGCAGAUGAAGAUGAGGAAGAGGAGGAGGAGGAGGAGGAAGGAGACGGAGAGGGAGGAGACGAGGAGGAGGAAGAUGAGGAGGAGGAGGUAUCCAACAGUAAGAAGGGGAGGAAGGGCCGUGGUGCUGCUAGGAAGAGAGCAGGGAAAGGAGCGAGGAAGAGGAAAGGAAGCUAUGAUGAUGAGGAGGAAGAGGACGAGGAGGAGGAGGAGGUGGAAGAAGCGGAAGAGGAGGAGGACGACGCAGCGAGAACCAGGAAGAAGAAGCGUGGCGGUGGUGCAACCAAGAAGGGGCGGAAGGGGAAGAAGGGGAGGAAAGGGAAGAAGAAGAAGGGGAAGCGGGAUGCAGGGGAGGAGGAUCUUGAUUCAGCCAAUCUCGAUUCAGUGGACAUGGAGGGGAAGAAAGCAGUCAACGAGGCGGAGAGAGCAGAGGAGGAGGCAGAGCGGGCAGUGGCAGAAGCAGAUGGGGAGACGGGCACUAAAACGGCUGUGGAUAGCGCAGUUCAGAGCAUGCCAGAGAGUGAUGUGGCUCAGAUAUACUACUCUGUGAAGACUGUCCAGCGAGGUGUGGAGUCGGCUCAACUGGACGAGGAGGAGGAGGAAGAGGAGGGCAUGUCGACCCACCGGCUGCGCAACGUGGCGUUCCUGCGCAUCCCGGGGACCCCCGUGACGGGGCAGCGAGUGCUGGACUUUGAGCGCCAGCUGGCGUGCGUGUCCCGCGACGGGCUGUGGGCGGUGAACUCCACGCCCCGCUGGAUGCCGUGGGACCUUAAUCCCUUGAGUGUGGCCCGCCAGCCCAACUAUCGUUCUUGUGACCUGCUCUUUGCCAAGCGGAAGGGCGGUGUGUUUGGGGCAGCAGCGGAGAGGGCACGGAGGUUGCCCAACGCAAGGGCAGCAUGGCGGGUGCGCCGGGAGCUGCUGUACCAGUGGCGCCCCUCCAGCCCCCUCCGCUGCCCCUUCCAACAGUUCGACCGCGAGGGGUUCUGCCGCGCCGUGAGGGGGCGCAACGUGGUGGUGGUGGGGGACGCGUUUAGUCUCGACUGGCAUGACUCGCUGCUCAAUCACCUUGUGACUGCAGGGACUAAGCACAAAGCAGGGCAGCUGGGAGAUGCCUGGGCCAAUGUCACAGAGGGGGCAUGCUUCGAAAGGGGUCACCGCCUCUGCACCGACGUCCCUCUUAUCCCCCCCUCCACCACUACCACUGGUGGUGCUGCUGCUGACCCCUCAACUCUAGUCGACCCUGACUCUCAUGCACCUUCCCCUCUCCGCCCACCCAUCUACCAGGGCCAACCAGAGGACAGCACAGGGGGAGAGGAGGACGGGCAGGACAGGGGCGAGGAGGAGGAGGGCGCAAGGGGGAUGCGGGCGAGUGGCGAGACGGGUGUGGGUGGACUCAGAAGUGGGUUCCAGAGAAAGGGAUGGGGAAGAGGCAGAGGGCUGGCUGGGUUGACUUUUGAGUCGACUCAAAAGAGAGGCGAGGAGGAGGAGGGCGCCAGGGGGGUGCGGGAGAGUGGCGAGUUGAGUGUUGGUGGACUCAGAAGUGGGUUCCAGAGAAAGGGGGUCACACGGGGGGAGGAGGACGGGCAGGCGAGUGGCGAGUUGGGUGUGGGUGGACUCAGGAGUGGGUUUCAGAGAAAGGGUUGGGGAAGAGGCAGAGGCCUGGCUGGGAGAGUGAGAACUGGCGACUGGGAGGGGGAGGCGGGGAGUGGGGAGGCUGACGGGCUCGGGAGCAGAGAACGGGGUGAGAGUGGGGAGGGAGAAGAAUCGGAGUCGUCGACGGGGUUUACCAGAGUGGAGCAGGAGGGGGAGUGGGGAGAAGCGGGCAGUGGGGUUGCGCGAGCAGGGAGGACCGGGAGGAAGAGAAGGGCAGGCGGUAGGCAGGGGGUUGGCGGAGACGUGCCGAACCAAGGGCUUAGCAAGGAGCGCGGUGGUGUGAGUCAGACGCUUAACAGCAAGGAGGGAGGGGAUGGUGUGGUGGUGAGUAGGAGGAGGAUGGCGGGGUUCAACCUGCGGGUGGUGCUGAACGCGUUUGCAGCGCCGGACACGGGGCGACCCACGCGGCUCAACAACCGCUGGCUCAAGCGCCUCAAGAAGUGGAAAACCAGCAUCCUCGUGCUCUCCCGCACCCCCGCCUUUGGCGACAAGGAGCUGAUGCUGCAGGAGGUGCGGGAUACAUUAGAGGCAGUGAGAGACCUGUAUCCGGACAUGCUUGUCAUCUGGCGCAGCGCGGUGGGCGGCCAUCCCAGCUGUCAGCACUUCACUCGCCCUCUCAGGUCCCGCCCUGCACUGCUGGCGGCCAAGGGGAAGAUUCCCGACGUGUGGCUGCGGCAUGCUGAGAUGAACGCCGCUAUCAGACCGCUGCUCAAGGAGUACGGGGCAGUAUACAUGGACGUUGAUUCAGCCACCUCUUUGCGCCCCGACGGCCAUCACGAGCGCAUGGACGGCAGCAUCAACUACCACCACUACUGCAUGCCCGGCCCGCUCGACCACUGGGUGUCUCUCUUCCACAACCUGCUGCUGCUGCUCCACCACCACUCGCCUCCCCCCGCCCUCCCUGCUUCCGCUGCUGCUGCUGCUGCUGCUGCCUCUCCUCCUGACCUCUGUCCUCUCGUACCCCCCUCCCCCCCCAAACCUACCCGCCAGGAGUACGGGGCAGUAUACAUGGACGUUGAUUCAGCCACCUCUUUGCGCCCCGACGGGCAUCACGAGCGCAUGGACGGCAGCAUCAACUGCCACCACUACUGCAUGCCCGGCCCGCUCGACCACUGGGUGUCGCUCUUCCACAACCUGCUGCUGCUGCUCCACCACCACUCGCCUCCCACCGCCCUCCCUGCUUCCGCUGCUGCUGCUGCUGCUGCUGCUGCUGGUGUUGGUGCUGGUGUUGCUGGUGCUGCUGGAUUUGGUGGUGGCGACGCCUGCACCAACUUCUCGGCGUGCAUCCCAGGGACGCGCAUUCGGGGCGAAGCGGCAGUGGUGGAGGCGCAGCAGGAGGUGGCGUCCUGCACCAACUUCUCGGCGUGCAUCCCAGGAACACGCAUUCGCGGGGAAGCGGCAGUAACUGAAGCACAGCAGGAGGUGGCGUGUGUGGCGGAGGAUGGCAAGUGGGUGCGCUUCAACACGCCCCGCUGGCUGCCCUGGUCCCGCGACCCCCACACCAACCCGCGCGCGCCUCACUACGGCACGUGUGACCUCAUGCACGUUAACGAGACGGGCGGCAAGGGCAUGUACGGGUAUGCGGCGGACAAGUUCCGGAAGAAUCCGGGCGAUCGGGAGUGGCACGUGCGGCCAGAACUGAAGUACCAGUGGAAGGCCAGCCGAUUCUGCCCGCCGUUCAUGGGGUUCAACCGGCACAAGUUCUGUGCGGCGGUGGGGCGGCGCAACGUGCUGCUUGUGGGGGACACGACUCAGCUGGCGCUGCACGACGUGUUUCUCAACCACGUCACCACGAUUGCGACACAGAAGGAGAUUGGGGAUAUAGCUGAUGCAUGGACGGCGCCCAACAACCAGCCGGCGUGUGCCACCAGCGCCCCUCAUGUGGUGUGCUCCGACAUUGUGCCGGGGGGCUUCACCUUCCGCGUCGCCCACAACAACCUGCUCACACCCGACUCGCCCGGGGGAGGGGCGUUCAACCAGCGGUGGCUGGGGCACCUGAGGAAAUGGAACGUGUCCAUUGUGGUCCUCAACAAGGGAUUCGAGCGCCGACCGACCCCGGUGUACCUCAAGACUCUCCGCCAGACGCUCACGAAGUUCCGCCAGGUGGCACCUGACACGCUGCUGAUCUGGCGAUCCACGUGGCGCGGCCAUGAGGGCUGUGAGAAUGCCACGGAGCCACUGGCAGCGCCGCCCGAUAAUGCCACCCGGGCUGGUCCAUGGGCAUUUGUACUGGAGCAGAAUGAGGCAGUGCGAGAUUUGAUUAGGAUGGCAUCAGUCGCGUUGGACCCUCCCCGCCAUUGCUGGCGCGUCGCUCGGCCACUUCCCGCCGUGAUUCGCGCGUCCGCGUGUCGGAAGGGCGGAGUCAGUCAGCUCAAGAGCAGCCACCGACGGCUCCUCGUGCUCACCGCCAAGCCGAAAUGGCGAUGCGUGACGUUCAAGCGCAGCAGCCAUAAAUGCCACGCGUCUCACUCCGAGUUCAACGGAAAUCCCAGGAAACUCACCCAGCCCCUAUCCCACACAUUCCCUCCCCUCGUCGUCUCACACGCAAGCAGGGCCCACUUCCCUCGGAACGGACACGGCAACGGCAACUCCCACUGGUCCCACCACCCCUCAGCGUCUGGCUCCGAGCGAGCGAGUCACCAGAACGCAGCACGGAGCCAUGAGAGGGGAUACGAGGGGCGAUAUGAGGGGCGGCAUGGGGGGCGGCAUGGGAGAGGGUAUGGGAGAGGAGACGUUAGAGGGUACGCUCAGAGUGGCUCUGAACGGCCCGCUUCCCCUGGCUCUUCCCCGUCCCCUUCCUCGUCCGCCUCCCCUUUCGCUUCCUCCUCUCCUCCCUUCGGCCAGUCCGCCGCCUCACACUCCUCCUCCUCCUCGCCUGCCACCUCAACUGCUUCGCCAGACUCGAAUGCUGCCGCUGCGGGGGCUGCUCCCGGGGAGUUUGCUUUCCAUUCGCAUCACACGAUCCUGGACGUUGAUCAGGUUGAUCCGACGGCUGGCGAUGCUGCUGCGUGGGGUGGGCUGGACUCGGCUGCAGCGGCAGCGGCGUGGGAGAGGAGCUUUCUGAAGCGGGUGGUUGACACGAUCACCGAUUCCAAGUACUUCAAUCUGCAGACAGCUGGAUGGCUCAUGGCGGGUGCUGCUACGGCGGCAGUGGGCGUGCAGGUCACGGCACACAUCAUCCAGGCAAUCGAGUCCGUCCCUCUGCUUGCCUCACUAGAGAUUCUCGUUGGUGCUGCUGUCACCACCAACGUCGCCACCACCAUCGCUGGAGGGGGGGAAGCGCGCGAGCGCCUGGAGCAGCAGUGGGACGAGUUUGUGAAACGAGUCAGCGGCACGUAUGGGCUGUCGGACCCGGUGUUUGACGAGAUGGAGAGCGGCAAGGACCUCGAGCAGCACGUCCGGGCUGGGCUGUCGGACCCGGUGUUUGAUGAGGUGGAGAGCGGCAAGGACCUUGAGGUGGGCUCCCUUCGAAUCGGCACUUAUGGGCUGUCCGACCCGGUGUUUGACGAGAUGGAGAGCGGCAAGGACCUUGAGGCUCAGAUUCAGGACCUGCUGUCGCAGUGCAGUGCACUUAUAGCCGACGCAGCACUGCAGCACAGCACGCAGAAGCCUCCACACCUCGGAGGCGACACACCAGGAGAAACCCAGCGGCAGAGGGAGACGCGGGCAGCAGAGGGAUUGCGGAGGGCCGCAGAGAGACUUGAUCCAAAGCCUGCAAACAGCACAGGAAAGAGGACAGAGGGGGGGGAGCUGAAGCAGGGGAAAAGGAGGGAGGGUGCACAGGCUGAUCCUGAGGUGCCUCAGAGACAGGCUGGCGGGGAGGAGGGGGAGGAGGGGGAGGAGGGGGAGGAGGGGGAGGAGGGGGAGGAGGGCGAGGAGGGGGGGGAAGCGGUGGUGGCGGUGAGAAAGGCGGAGCUGGUGCAGGUGUUAUCCGAGUUCGUGGAGAGGAGGGAGGGCAGGGCGAGGCGCGUGAACCGCAUGCUGCAGCAGGAGGUGCAGGCGGGCAGAGGGCUGGAGGGAAGACUGGGAGACCUGACUAAGCGCAGGGCGAGGCGCGUGAACCGCAUGCUGCAGCAGGAGGUGCAGGCGGGCCGAGGGCUGGAGGGGCGACUGGGAGACCUCACUAAGGCGCUGGAGGUGCGCACGUUGGCGUCCGUGGCAGCAGCACAGAACGCGCUGGAGGUGCGCACGUUGGCGUCCGUGGCAGCAGCACAGAACGCACUGGAGGUGCGCACGUUGGCGUCCGUGGCAGCAGCACAGAACGUGGCUCGCCUGCAGGCGCUCAACGACUCGCUGCAGGCGGAGCGCAACAGCGUGACAAGUCAGCUGUCUGCGUUGACCAAUCAGAUCACAGGGCUGUCCACGUCACUGGACGUGCUGACGAGGCAGCAGGACUCCGUGUCCCAGUCCAACACGGUGCUGCGUGCUCGCCUGCGCAAGGCCCUGCUUGAGAAGCGCCAGCUGGCGCAAUCAUUGCGGGCGGCGCACCGCGUGCAGAGCGAGCGGGCGAGUGACGUGGAGGGGCGGCUGCGGGCGGAAUAUAUGGCAGGCAUGCUACAGGUGAGGGGCGUGGAGGGGCGGCUGAGGGCAGUGGGCGUGCAGCUGAGGGCGAGCGAGGGGGCGAUGGUGGUGCAGAGGAGAGAGGAGGAGGCGAAUCUGAAGUCGUACCUGUCUCAGCAUGCUGCUAUCAAGUCAGAGCGCAAUGCAGCGGUGGUGCAGGCGAGUGACUUGGAGCGCCGGGUGGCAUCUGCAGAAGCUCAGUUGAAGGAGGUCAACCGAUCGCGUGACCACCUCUUCAUCACCAACCAUGAGUUGAAUACGCGCUUGACAGCAGCAAUGAACGAGAACCGGCUGCUGCAGCAGCGGGUGGAUCAGCUGCAGCGCACCAGCCGCCACUCCGCUGCCGCCUUCAGAGACAGGGAGACCACCCUCAAGCAACACCUCGCGGAUCGCCAUGCUGAGCUGGCAGCCUCUCGCCAGCAGGCGGCUGCUGAGCUGGCACGAGUGACGUCCAGGCUGGAAGCUGAAGUGAGAGCAGCGCAGGAGGAGGUGGUGGAGAGCAAGGGGGAGAGAGCAGCGCAGGAGGAGGUGGUGGAGAGCAAGGGGGAGAGAGCAGCGCAGGAGGAGGUGGUGGAGAGCAAAGGGGAGGUGAGGUGGCUGGAGGAACAGGUGGAGUCGAUGCGGGAAGAGGGGCAGUUGCACACGGCACGGCUGAGAGCUGCUGUGGCUGCUGCUGAGAAGCGGGCGCAAGAGCUGCACACGGCACGGCUCAGAGCUGCUGUGGCUGCUGCUGAGAAGCGGGCACAAGAGAACGCGUUGAGGGAAGAGGGGCAGCUGCACACGACACGGCUGAGAGCUGCUGUUGCUGCCGCUGAGAAGCGGGCACAAGAGGGGUAUAUUUAG